UCGAUCUUCUUGAUUCUUCUUCUUUCUUUGUCUUACUAAUAAUAAUAAUAAUAAUAAUAAUAGAACUACAAGCUGAGGCCAGAAGCCCUAGCUAGCUCAGUCCUCGUCCUCUUUCAAGAAAUGAAGAAGAUGACGACACCACCAUACAACCACAUCUUCAUCGUCAUCGUCCUCUUCUUGCACCUCAAGAUGGCAAUGGCGACCACAGCCCUUACCAAUAAUAGUAAUACUAAUAAUAAUAGUAUUUCUGCAACCCCAACCUGGGUGGGAUCCAAGUACCAUAUAGAAUGCACAAUGUGCUCCGCUUGCGACAACCCAUGUUCCACUCCGCCGCCUCCGCCGCCCAUCUGCCCUCCUCCGCCAAGCUCCGGCGGCGGCGGCGGAGGCUACUACAACUCCCCACCGCCACCAUAUCGCACCCCUUCUACAUACUACUACCCGCCGCCGCAACCACCCACCGGCGGCGGGUCCUACUACAAGCCGCCGCCGCCGCCGCCGCUGCAGAUGUACCCGACGGGGCCGACGCCGCCGCCCCCGAACCCUAUAGUGCCCUAUUUUCCGUACUAUUACCAUAUCCCUCCGCCGCCUCCGCCAUCGGCAUUGGGGGAAAUUAUUGUACCCUGCUGCCCUCUUACUACAAUAAUUGUAAUAAUAAUGGUUCUUGGCAGCUUCUUGUACUAAAAGACGACGCCGUAUGGCGCUCGUCCUUCUUGAUCUAGCUACAUUAUUUUUAAUUUCAUUUUUAGUUUCAAAUUAACAAGAAAUAAAAGAAGUUAGUAGUGUCGGGGAUUCACAGAUCAGAUCAGAUCGAGGUCGGAAGAAGAAGAAGAAGAAGAAGAAGAAGAAGAAAGAGAUCGGGCAGCUGAGGCUCUUGCAGAUCGAUCACAAAUUCGUGGAUUUCCAAGAAUGCCCUUUUGCCCUAGCUCAACAUCAUCAUCGUCGUCAUCUUCAACCAUUGGACUCAGGCUCCAGGCUCCUCUAGUAAAUGUAUGGGUUUUCUUUCUCUCUCUUUCUCUCUAUUAAAUUCACUGAAGUAAGGAAUCUGUAAAUUCUUGACACAACUUAGCCAUGGUUUCUUUAAAUUUUCUUCUUCAGGAAAGAUUUAUUUUGCUGUAAGGAUUUAUAGGAUUUGUAAGAAGCAAAUUUUGCAUAA